AUGAGGAAAGAAAAAAAGGACAAAAAGAACAAAGAAAAAGUUAAAAAGAGCAAAAUUGAGUUUGAUUUGAAAAAGGCGAAGAUGGAGGUCUUGCAACUCGGUCUCAAGGGACUGGCCAGUGAUGAGAAAGAGGACGCCACCGUUCGAAUGUUAACAAAAUUAGGGGCCAAGCCUCCAAAAAACAAAGCUGUCAACUAUAAAGAAUUUCUUGCUAAAAAACAAAGUGAAAAACAAAAUUUAUUGAAAGAACAGGAGAUGAGGAAAUUGUUUGGAGGCAAGCUCAUAAAAAGAUCCCAGAUUGACAAGAAAAAAAUGUAA